AUGCUAAGAGAGAAAUAUUUUUGUUUUAAUUCUGUGAUAUCUACAUGAAGUAAACAAACAUAAUAAGGAAUUUUUCUGAUUGUUAAAUUCAGUAUUUUACUAUGCAUACAUUGCCAGGUGUUGGAAUAUUUGGAACAAAUGAGGUCGUUAAAGUUCUCGUUCCAACAUUACGUGAAAAAGGUUUCAUUAUCCAAGCUAUAUGGGGUAAAACUGUGAAAGAAGCAGAAGAUAUAGCUAAAGAAUUAAAAAUCAGCUUCUACUCAAACAAAAUCGAUGAUGUUUUGUUAUGCAAGAAUGUUGACAUGAUAUUUGUCUUAUGUCAACCAUAUUUACACCCUCAAAUAAGUGUAAAAGCCCUUGGAAUUGGAAAACAUGUUUUAUGUGAAAAACCAAUUGGAAUUUCUGUGGAAGAUGCAAAGAAAAUGGUUCGAGCUUCUGAUUAUUAUCCGUCAUUAAUUGCACUUGUCAAUCACUCGCUAAGAUUUCUUCCUGCUUUUGUUCACAUGAAGAAAUCUAUCAGUGAAGGCAUUGUAGGUCCACUCUCAUUCAUUGACGUCAGUGUAAAAGUAGCUUCGUUGCUGCAUGAAAAUUAUGAUUGGCUUUGUUCUGAGACAAUGGGCGGUGGCGUGUUAAAUCUUAUUGGAUCGCAUGUCAUUGAUUUAAUUCAUUUUCUCACUGGAAAAAAAGCUGUAAGGGUUCAUUCGAUUGUCAGAACAUUCAGAAAUCAAACAGAAACAAUAAACGGAAUUCGACAAAUUACUGCACCAGAUUUCUGCAACUUUCAAAUGGAGUUGGAAGGUGGUUUGCUUGUUAUUGCCAAUCUUCAGAGCAACAAAUGUUGUAGGAAUGCCUUCGAUCAAGACGUCACUGCAGUUGGUCGGGAUGGCAGUCUUGUUGUAGCUGGUGGUGAUUUAAUUUGCUUAAAGAGAAAAGGAAAUGACAAAAGCAUUGAAUUAAAAGAAGAAAAACUUUAUGUGGAAAUUCAGGACAUGAGAACGGAAUCAGCUUCUUCACUUCCUCGUCCCUACAUCAAAGGUAUGGUGAAAAUGGUUGGAGCACUUAAAGAAGCAUUCGCUACUUCUACUGGAUGGGCAAAAGAAGCAGUUUCAUCAGCUGCAAAUUUCAACGAUGCUCUUUACGUUCAGAUUGUUUUGGAGGCAAUCAGGAAAUCAAUAAACAAUAACAUUUCAUUUGUUUACAUUUUUUCUAUGAUGUUCAAUUUCUUCACAAAAUCUGAGAAACUUCCUUUGAAAGGAUUUAAAGUAGCAUUAAAUAAUGAUAGAAGUAAAAAGUUUGGGAUUGCAGCAGAUUCUUUGGAAACGUUGAAAAAGAAAAUUGCUAUCAAGUUUAAUUUGAAAAGUUUUAAUUUAUUUUUAUCUGAUGGGUCUCUGAUUGAAAGCAAUGAUUAUUUUGUAUCUCUCCCAACACAAUCAUCCAUCGUUAUUGUUACAGAUGGGGAAGAAAUGAAAACAGAUUUGCAGAUUGUUAUUGAAUCAUUUCGUAUAAUAAAUCAUGAAAUCCUCAAUGCGAGAGAACUCGUGAAGGAUUUUGUUUUAAACAAUAAGGACAAUGAUGUGUUUAACGCAUUGAAUCACGUUCAAAAUGAAAUCGAAGAAAAGAUUUCUUUGUCACUUCGAGAAGAAGAUCCUGAAUGGUUUCAUGGAGUGGAUGUUAAAGUAACAACCAAGGAAGAAGUAUUACGAAGGAAAGCUCAAGAUAGAAUCAAAGGCUAUUUUUAUAAAACAAAAGAUGAACUCAUUCGAUCAUCAAUUUAUAGAACCAAUUACAAUUCUCGUAAAAUUAUUGACGAUCUUUUAUCAGAUUUCUAUUUAUUUCUCAAUGGAGUUGACUAUUUUAGUUGUCUGUUUGAUCGGACAUUUGAGUUUAAGUAUGAGCCUAGAUUAAUUAAUGAUGAGACUGAUGCAACAGAAAUAGGAGUAAAGGCAAAGAGAAGAAGAAUUGAUUCAGUUACUAAAGAAAAAGUAAAAGAAAGUGAAUUGUUUAAAAAGUUCGAAGUUGCAUUGUGUGAUGACCAAGGAAAUUUCAAUUGUCAUGGGGUGUGGAAUGCAACAAAUUGUUCAUAUGAACAUAAAAUAAAUCCUUACUCAUCUCGUGAAUCUGUGAUUUUAUUCCAAAUUUUUAAUUUAGAUCAUCAGAUUGAAAUAUCAAGAAGCAUAUUUCCUUCAAUAAUUAAAAACGUUGAAGAGCUGUCUAAUAAUGUUCCGUGUGAAAUUCAUAAUAAGCCAGCAAUUUGUUUAUCAACUUUAACAUAUUUCUCUGAAAUAUUUACUAUAAGCAAUCUUAAACUCGUUCAUAUUGUGUGUCAUGAUAAAGGAUGUCAUACUGUUCUCAAAUCAAACGGAAGACUAUUAUUUAUGCAGGGUCUCGUCGGAGAUUUUGCAAAGAUUUCGCUGCUUCAAUUUUCAGUUUGCAACGAUCAACACAUGUUCGAUAAUGUUGAAAAAGGACCACCAAUUGAAGUAUUUGCUUUAAAUCGGGCAUUUUUAGAAGACAACUCACCAGAUAAAGUAAACCUUGGAGUUGGUGCUUAUCGCACUGAAGAAGGAAAACCUUGGGUUCUCCCUGUGGUGAAGAAAGCUGAGAAAGCCAUUGUUGAAGAUGCUACAUUAAAUCACGAAUAUCUUCCGGUUCUUGGAUUGGACAGCUUCUCAAGUGCAGCAACCGCUCUUUUGUUGGGUGACGAUUCAAUUCAGAUUAAGAAUAAAAAUGCAUUUGGAAUUCAAACAUUGUCUGGCACUGGUGCUUUGAGACUUGGUGCUGAGUUCCUUGCUCGCGUGUUAGAUCGAAGAGUUUUUUAUUAUUCGGAUCCAACAUGGGAGAAUCAUCAGAAAGUUUUCUUAAGUGCUGGUUUUACUGACGGACGAUCUUAUCGUUAUUGGGAUCCUCAUACACGUUCAAUUGACUUUGAAGGAUUCACUGCUGAUCUGAAAGCAGCUCCUGAAGGUGCUGUUAUAAUUCUCCAUGCAUGCGCUCACAAUCCAACUGGUUGUGAUCCAACCAAAGAACAAUGGGUGAAGCUUGCUGAUGUUAUCGAAGAGAAAAAACUUUUCCCAUUCUUCGAUUCAGCUUACCAAGGAUUUGCCAGCGGUUGUCCAGUCCAUGACGCAUUUGCUGUUCGAUAUUUCGUUGAACGAGGCUUUGAACUUUUCUGUGCGCAAUCAUUUGCCAAAAAUUUCGGUCUUUACAAUGAACGUGUUGGCAACUUGACUGUUGUGCAAAGAAAUGCAUCGACAUCUGCUAUUAUUCAAUCAAGAUUCACUUUACUUGUUCGUUUUAUGUACUCAAAUCCACCAGCGUUUGGUGGUCGAAUUGUUGGAAAAGUUCUCAACACUCCCGAAUUACGUGAAGAAUGGAUGGAAUCGAUCCGAACAAUGUCUUCGAGAAUCAUUAAAAUGCGUAAUUUGUUGAAGGAAGAACUGGUUAAUCUCAAGACCCCAGGAACUUGGGAUCACAUAACACAACAAAUUGGAAUGUUCUCUUAUACUGGACUCAAUGCAGCGCAAGUUAAGAUUCUUAUCGAGAAGCAUCAUAUUUAUUUAUUGAGCAGUGGCAGAAUCAACAUGUGUGGAUUGAAUGAAAAGAAUUACAAACGAGUCGCACAAGCGAUUUAUGACACUAUUAUGGAGACAAAGAAUAACGACCAAAAUUCAAAAAGAAUUAUUUGUUUUGAUGAGAUGAUAAAGGAUCGAAGACAUGAAGCAAGCAGGUCGUUAGCUAUUCAAGUGAAUUCUGAAAACUCUUAUAAGGAGCUAUUCAACUAUUGUUCCCAAUUUGGAUCGAUUAAAUCAGCAUUUCAUUACAAAAUUUCAGAAGCAAACAAUCAUUUCAUUCUGCUGGAGUUUGAUGAUGUUUCUAGUUGUGACAAUGCUUUGAAUCAUGCAAGCUUCAAUGAGGAAAACCUAGGAGUUCCCGUGAGUUCUCGUUUUCUUUGGUUCAGAGCUUUAAAUACAAGAAAAGCUUCUGUAAUUUCGGAUAAAAUUCCGCCGUUUCUCAAAUCUGAAGACAUCAAAGUUAUCGAUGAGAAAACUCUUGAAGAAAAUCUUCAAUUCGUUGAAAAUAUUGAUGAUCAAAUAUUAUCCGUUUAUCGAGCAACAUGUCUAAGCGAUUUUGGGACAAGAAUAAGAUUUCUAAUAUGUAAACAAUUGGAAACAGCUUUUUCUGGUAUUUUUCCUUUCAUCAAAGCAUUUCCAUUCGGAUCUUCAGUUAAUGGCUUUGGAAAGAUGGGCUGCGAUUUAGACAUUGCUUUGAAUAUACAUAAGGAUCAAGGUAUUCCCAGUUCAUCCGAUUCACGAUUAGUUUUUCAUACAAAAGUUAGUUUAGCAAAUGAACGAACUCAAAUCCAACGACAAAUGGAAACAGUCAGUGACGUUCUUCAUAUUUUCCUUCCUGGCAUCAUAAAUGUUCGGAGAAUCCUCCAAGCUCGUGUUCCAAUCAUCAAAUAUAAUCACGAAUGUCUUGAUUUGGAAGUAGAUCUUUCAAUGGGAAGUUUAACUGGCCUUUACAUGUCGGAACUUCUUUAUUUAUACGGUGAGAUGGAUGAACGAGUAAGACCAUUAACGUUUUGUAUUAGAAAAUGGGCAAAUACUUCUGGCUUAACAAACCCAUCACCAGGUCGUUGGAUUUCAAACUUUUCAUUAACAAUCUUAGUGUUGUUCUUUCUACAGUGCUUAAAGAAACCAAUUCUUCCGCCUCUGACUCUUCUCGUGAAGUCAGCGACAAAAGAAGACAUUCGGAUCGCUGAUGGUAACGUCAAUUGUACAUUCAAACGCGACAUCAACAAUCUGAAAUUCCAAACACAAAACAAAGAUUCGUUAAGUCGUUUGCUUUCACAGUUCUUCGAAUUUUACUCGCAAUUUGACUUCUCUAAUCGAGCUGUUUCGCUGCUUGAAGGACGUCCAAUGCUUAAAGCUGACCAUUCAGCAAUGUGGAUUGUUAAUCCUCUCGAGCCACUUCUCAACGUGAGUAAAAAUCUUAGCUUUGAGGAACUUGAAAGAUUUAAAAUGGAAACGAGGAACGCUGCGUGGAUUCUUGAAUCAGUAGAAAACAAACAAAGUGAUGGUCGACCUUGGGGUCUUCUAAGUAUCUUAAGAAAACCAGGUGAAAACAUCAUCAAACCACAAAUGUUCUUCAAAUCAAGGCUAGUUGAUGUCACAGAAAUAUUUGACGUCAAAGAUGACAACAGAAAUCAACAAUAUUUGAAUGGAAGUGUUAAACAACAAGUUGACUCCAUUCGACAAUCGACGAAAAAGAAAAUUCAGAAAAUGGAGAAAAAUAUGAAAGCGAAACGAAGAUGA